AUGACACAAAAUGGAUUAAAAGAAUCUAAAGAUGGAAAAACAAUAAAAGAAGGCAGUGUAAUUAAACAAGGUGGUAGAAUAAAGAAUUGGAAAAAAAGAUGGUGUGUUUUAAAUGAGGAAGGAUUACAUUAUUUUAAAUCUCAACAUAGUAUAGAAAAAGGUUCAAUACUGUUGGCAGAGAUAAUAUCAGUGGAGGGAGAUGAUAAACCUGCAACUAAAAGAAAAUAUUGUUUCAAAGUUACAACCAUCGAUAGAAAAUAUAGAAUAUGUGCAACUGAUUCAUUGGAUAGAGAUGAAUGGAUAAAUUCAAUUGAAAAACUUUUAAAAUCAAAAGGAUUAUAUAAUAUUGAAAAUAAUAAUAAUGGAACUGGUACAAUUAUAAAGACUUCAAAAAAUGUAGAUAUUAAUAAAUUAAGGAGUGAAGAAGAUGAUGAUUCAGAAUCAUCAACACAUUCAAAUAGUUAUUUAGGUAGUAAUUCAGUACCAUCAAUGAAAAAAAUAAUUUUAACACCAAUUAUGGUAUCAUUAAAAGAAAAGUUUUCACAAAAAACAUUUGCUGCAGAGUUAAAUAGAAAGAAAGAUUUAUUAUCAUUAGAAGAGACAGAAAGAGUUUUAUCACUUUUAGAUUCAUAUAUUGAUGGCGAAGUUGAUGAAUCACAAAUUGAAAGAGAUAGGGAAAUUAAAUUAAUUGUUAAACAAAUUGCUCAAAUGAAACAGGCUGAAAUGGAUGCAAUAGAAAAUAAAUACAAUCAAAAACGAUUAGAGAUUUUAGAAGAAAUUAAAAGAAGGUCUUAA